AUGGCUGAUAUAUCAAAAGAAGGGCAUACUGAAGAAUCUACACUUUCAGCAUGGAUUCUUGAUAUGGACCGACGUGGUUUACCUCCACGAAUAUCAACAGUACGCUAUCUAGCGCAAUUGUUGCUUUCUGCGCGGUUAUCUUCACCUCAAGAAGCUUCUAUUGGGGAGAACUGGGUAAACCGGUUUAUCAAGCGCCAUAAAGAACUUUGCUCUAAAUACAGCCGAAAGUACGAUUAUCAGCGAGCUAAAUGCGAAGAUCCAGAGCUUAUUAAGGGCUGGUUUACACGGUUUCAUGAUGCUAUUCAGAAGUAUGGGAUCCUUGAGCAAGAUAUCUAUAAUAUGGAUGAGACUGGCUUUCAAAUGGGUGUGAUAUCAACUGCCAAAGUUGUCUGCGGUUCAGAGACAAGAGAAAGUCAUGCAAAGACUAUACAACCUGGAAACCGCGAAUGGGUUACUGCAAUUGUAGCAGUGAAUGCAACUGGAUGGGCCUUGCCUCCACAGAUUAUUCUUGCUGCAAAGAACCAUCAAUCCCAAUGGUAUAAGGUUGUCCCAAAGGAUUACCGAAUCAGCACCAGUGAGAAUGGCUGGACAAAUGAUGAAUUAGGCCUUGAAUGGCUUCAAGAGAUGUUUGAAAAGCAUACAGCUUCUCGUACUGUUGGGAGAUAUCGCCUCUUGAUUCUGGAUGGUCACAGCAGUCAUGCUACAGCAGGAUUUGAUAAAUUCUGCACAGAAAGGAAUAUUAUUCCUUUAUAUCUACCACCACAUUCAUCACAUCUGCUUCAACCACUUGAUGUAAGCUGCUUCUCGCCACUGAAGCGCCUGUAUGGCCAGAAGACUGAGGAGAUGAUGCAGAAUGGAAUCCAUUCAAUUGAUAAGGAAGACUUCCUCUAUAUCUAUCCUACAGUCCAUCAACGUGCUUUAUCCUUAUCAAAUAUUCAAAGCGGAUUUGCAGCAACUGGCCUGGUUCCAUUAUCACCUGAAAGAGUGCUUUCGAAGCUUCAUAUCCAGUUGAAAACACCAACACCACCUUCUACAGCACAUAGCAAUCAAUCUUUUAAUGGCCCAGGCAAAACUCCAGCUAAUAUAUGUCAACUGGACCAGCAAAAGAAGCGAAUUCAACAUCUCCGCAGUCAUCAAACAGUGUCUCCUUCCACACUGGAACAGGCAGUUGAUAAGGUGAUCAAAAGCGCAGAGAUCACCAUGCAGAAUGCUAUCCUAUUGCAGCAAGAAGUUAAUCAACUUCGUGCAGCAAAUCAGCGUCUAAAAAGGAAGCGAGAGGCAUCAAGAUACUUUAUAGCAACUGGUGGUAGCUUGACAGGUGCUGAAGGACAGCAAAAAGCUCAAGAGCAUGAGGAGCAACUACAGGAAUCAUCUAGACCACGGACUCGAAGGCCACCAAGAUGCAGUAAUUGCAAUCAAACAGGCCAUAAUCGGCUUAAAUGCCCUAGUAAACAGUCUCCUUCUUUAUAUAGUCAAAUUCAUUAA